GAUAUUUAUUUUGCAUAAGAAAUAAAUCGGCAAGGUUCAAAGGAAUAGCACAUCGACUUUAAAAUGUCUUUUUUAAUUAAAAUUAACAAAAACUUUAUAAAUAAUCUGCCUAAAACAAUAAACAAUGUAUAUUUGAGAAAUUCGAGAACACUUUGCACUCAAAUCAAUGACGAGACAGCUCAGAAAAAAGGUGGAUUUGCGAGCGCCUUCGAAAGACACACAGCUCCUGUAGUCGAAGAGAAACCCGUGGACAAUCAAACCUUUGCCUCCUUGUUACGAAACUCAAAACUUAUCGAUAUGGGAAAUCCAGAAGGAAAAAUUGUUACCGGGAAAAUCUUUCAUGUGGUCGAAAAUGAUUUAUACAUUGAUUUUGGAUGGAAGUUCCAUUGUGUUUGUCAGAGGCCACAGAGAAAUGGAAGUGACUACGUCAAGGGAUCUAGAGUACGUUUGAGGGUUAAGGAUUUGGAGUUGUCCACGAAGUUUUUGGGUUCAUCUAAGGAUUUGACAAUUUUGGAAGCCGAUUGUCAGCUUCUCGGAUUAAUUUCAUCACCUGCCAGAACUGGAGCAUUGAAAGCAGCUUCUGCAUAAAAAUGCAAUUUAUUUGUUUUAGAUUUAAAUAAGAAAAAUAAAAAAUAAACCCAAAAAACAAUUUUUUCCUGACAGUUUUUUAG